AUGUAUUAUCUUAACGAAAAAUAUGAAUGUCGUCAUUAUAUGCUAUUACAUUAUCAUUCUUGGGAUGCAUUACAAGAUUCAUAUAAUUCGUGUAGUCGGUGUGAUAAUUGUCAAAGACAAAUAUCUGACAAAGUACAACAAAUAAAUGUAACAAAUGAAAUAGAGAGAAUCUUACAUAUUAUCAAAGCAGUUCUCAAUCAUUCAAAUACAGAGAUAGAUCCAGAUGAUAUUGUCAAUAUAUUUCUUCAUGCAAAUAAUACUAGAAUAAGAGCCUGGGGCUAUGAUCAAUU